AUGGAUGGAAAGAAGAAGGUGGAGGUUCAAGGAAUUUACGUUCGGAAGGAUCUUACACUAAUGCGAGAGCAUGAGUUGUUCGCGAACCUCAAGAAGCGUAUAUUCGCAGUGAAUGAAAUAUCACUUCUUGGCUGCAUCGUGGGUGAUAACGGUGUACGCCCUGAUCUGGAGAAGAUCAAGGCGAUUAGCGGCUGGCCUGUGCCAGUCGACGUCAAGGGACUUCGAAAGUUCCUCGGCUUGGCGGCAUACUUGCACAGGUACUCGCGCAACUACGCCGAGAUGACAACCAUUUCAUGUGGUCUGUUACGCCAGCGAUUUUGCAAUCGGCUGCGCGUUGAUGCAGUAUGA